GACAGAGGGUCACAUGAUGACAGCAAACUUCCUGUUAGUCACACAAUAAGAGACCUGAAUCAGGCCAGGUCCAUUCAGAACCUGCAGGAUUCCUUUCAGAACCAGGACCGAUCAGCUGCUCCCAGUUCAGAACCAGGAUGUGGAGGUUUCUGGCCAUCGUCAGCCUGCUGGCUCUGAACCAGGCUGCACUGCUUCCAGGAAGACAUGGAGGCCUUCAGCUCAUCCUGCAGCAACAGAUGGCCCAAACAGCCGUUACUCCCUCUCCUGGUGGCGCUCAGCAGAGCUCCUCCUCGUCUUCAUCCUCUUCCUCAUCAUCAGAGUCAUCUGAGUCCAGCCAGACUUCAGAGGAUGUUCAACUUCUGAAAGAACCCCAAAGGCUGGAAAACACGGCUGGGGAGCAGGUGGACCUGUUUCAGGAGAGCUCAGAGGUUCUGGUGCCGACGAGCCAGACAAGCACCAACCUGCAGCUCAGUGAACUGGUUCUACUGGGACAGAAGGCCAUUGGAGAUGGAGAAGGACACGAUGAGGAUGAGGACGAUCAAGACAAGGCUGUUUUGCACACUUACCAUCCCCUCCUGAGUCUAAACGAAACAUCGACUCAGAUUCCUAAUAUGGGUGAGGAGUUCGUGGAAGGGGGCGUGUCUAUGGAUCAUGUGGGCGGAGCCAAUGAAGAAGCAGAAACAGGCAAUGAUGUUGAGGCCGAUGAGGAAAAGGUCAAUGGGCCUGCACAUCUGUCAGACGACAGCUUGGAGGGAGCAAACGAGUUGACCCAUGACCUUCCAGGUUCCCGUGGUGAUGAAGCUGGGCUCGAGCUGGCAUUAUAACGGAGACCACCCCCCUCGAUCUGCACCUUUCUUUCAUAUACACUAUGUAGUUUAUCAUGUAGUUGUGUGAGAUUUAUAUUUCUAGGGUCACGUGAAAAAUGUAUUAUUCACCAAUAUUCAAUAACCUGAUGAUCGAAAUAUUUACAUCUAAAUAAAACAUU